AUGCCGGUCGAAGAUUACUUUUACUUGGUUGACUCGGCCUAUGGAUGCUACAAGGGAUUUUUACCCCCGCAUCGCAAUGAGCAAUACCAUUUGGAAGAUUUCCGCCGCGGUCGCCGUCGUCCGAAGAAUGCAGCAGAAUUGUUUAAUUAUAGGCAUUCAUCAUUACGAUCAGCUGUGGAAAGAACGUUUGGAGUUUGGAAAGCCCGAUUCCCUAUCUUCGACAAUAUGCAUCCAUACCCGAUUGAGAACCAACGACUAUUUGUGGUCGCAUGUUGCGCCGUACACAACUUCAUUCGCAAAGACUGCGGUGCUGAUGAUCCACUAUUUUGUGAUGCCCUAACGACGCAUUAUGGGCAACAUUGGAUCGACGUCUCGCAAUUGCCUACCAUGACACCUGUUCCAUACGUCGCACAUGGAGCACCACCAGACCGAACCCGCGAAAGCAAGGAAAUGAUGAUUAUAGUCCGAGAGGCAAUGUCCUCUCACAUGUGGGAAACCGCGAAUGAAGAGUAA